GCUGCACCAUUACUGUGCUUUCCAUCUCCUGAAUAUUACCUUACAAAUACAUCAACAAUAAUUCAACUAGCUCACCAUGGCGCCUCGACGGAAAUGUCCAGUUUGCGGAUCUAAACAAUGGCACAAAGAGCCAUCGAGUGGAAUGAUCGCCUGCAGCGAAGGACAUGUACUUCAGAACUACAGGACCGAGUCGGGCGAUGCAGAGGACCUGGGCAAUCACACGAUGAGGAAGCGUACACUGAAAUCGGGGCGGAAGAAGAAGGAGCGGGAGAGUAGAGCUAACCCACAAUUCUAUCAUGGCGCCAGGGCGCGUUUCCAUUAUUUUCAGUGUCUGCAGCUGUUGUUGCGCCACCAGGUUUUGGCUUUAACUGCCUUGUGGGAGUUACCUCCUGAAUUCGAGAUCAUUUGCAGGGACAUAUGGGCACUCCAUCUAAAUCUUCUUCCUAACCCGCCUCCGGCAGAGCCUUUCUUUCAUAUACUGGAACAAAACGGAGAAAGACCCGACCCAGUCCCGAAUGUCAAGCCUCCAUUACCUAGUCGCGGGCAGGAGGAAGAACCACCCGAGGGCGAAAAUAAGAUUAAAACUCGUGAAGAAGCUGAAAGUUCGGGAUCAGAGUCUUCAUUGUCCAGUGACGAAAAUCAGGGCGAAGAAGACCCAGAGCUAACAGAACUCUUGCGGGAGAAUUCCGAAACCAGUUCCUCAGACGAGGAAGCUGAUGAAGCUCCUCAAUCAAAACCUGGUAAUCGGCCAAAGCACCAGCGAGGCUUGGUUGGAAAAUAUGAUGGGCCUCUGAGCACUGUUGCUGUACUCGUGCUUGCAUGCUGGACGAUGCGUUUGCCGGUGAUGUACAUGGAUUUUAUAAAGAUUAUAGAUUCAUACAAGCUCCCAUAUCUGGAGUCAAUCCGUAUACUGCCUCCUUCAUUAACCCUUCAUCUAACCAAGCACAUCAUACAAGCGCUGUCACCACAUCACGCUCCUAGCACGCUUCAGCUACAUGGCCUCGCGUCUCACCUUGCAAAACUCAUGUACGCCAAGUACAGUGUUUUCACCCCCGAACUUAAUGCUGCACCUAUCCUGUGGCGCGUUACUCGUUACCUGGGUGGCACUCCGACGCUGUAUGACCUCGCAAAGCGGUUAGGGCGUGUAUUAUCACUGCCGUUGACGCUCCACUACUCGUUGGCCCCAAGCUUGAAACGAAUCAGGAGGACCGAUCCCGAGAGCCACAAAUUUGAUAAUGUUCCACCAGAACUGAGCCUCAUGGCUACAGUUAUUGUUGUCUUGAAGAUGGUGUAUGGCUUAGAUGGGAAAGUCAGGCUUCCGAGAGAACCAUCGGACCCAGCCUGCGCGCUUCCUCGACUCGAAGAGUACCUGGCAUUACUAAAGAGGAUGGAUGAAUCGGACGCAGAAAGUAGAGAGAACCAGUGCAGCUCCAGAUCGGCAAUGCCUGUAGGUGACGCAGACGACGCAACAAUCGACGAAUAUCUCGAUUUCUGCGAAAGAGUGCUCAUAGGAACCACAAAUGGCAAUACAGGGUACAUCCUCGAUAAAUUUUUCCCACUAUCGAGUGAAAACACAGGAGAGACGCCAACAGUGGCAGGAUCAGAUCAGAUUGUGCUCGCGCUCCCACCAACGACAGUCAAUGCAGAUGACGAGACGGUGCUUCGCCCGGGUGAAUCGCACACGAUAUUCAGUUCCCGCGAUGUUUUAGGAAUAUUACCUGAGGAGCUUGAGUUGAUACUACGGCGAGGGGCACAGAGCGUAGGGGUGAGUGGGAGCUACCUGUGUGGUGCAGUGGAACGAUACGAGUAUCGUAUUGCACGGUGGUGGAAGGGCGAGAGACGACGAGAGAAAGAAGGGCGAAGACAGGAGGGCGAUAGCUAAGAAUAGCCGGGUAGCCGUGUGGUCAGUGUGCCGGUGAGACAAGUCUGCGUGUUGAUGAGAUUGGAGGUGGCAGGCGAUGCCGUGGGUGUUCUCACGACGCUGCGAAUACAUAAAACAAAUGACAGAGCACGAUGGUUGUUGCUGGCUGCAACGACGAGCUCUGACCUUUACGCCGCGACCAGU